AUGGCGCUCAGCAGAAAGAUCAAUUCAAAUGCCUCCUUAACUGUGUCUUUGGCACAGACUCCUUACUGCAAGAAGCACAGAUACGAUCCCCAGAAUCCCCUCUGUGCCCACAUAAUCUUCUGUGGGAGUAUUGUAAAGGUGAAUGAUUCAGAAGCAGACUUAGCGAAAAAAGCAUUAUUCAGUCGCCACCCUGAAAUGGAGAGUUGGCCUAAGGAUCAUAAUUGGUUCUUUGCCAAAUUCAACAUCACCAAUAUUUGGGUCCUGGACUACUUUGGUGGGUUGAAGAUUGUGACACCAGAAGACUAUUACAGUGUCAAGCCUUAG